AUGAGUAACUCAGGCCGCGUAUGUGGCCUUGGGGACGCAGAGGGUAUACUAAUUACUGCCCCGGGAGUACCCAGACCUAGGGCAUGUAUUUUAGUAAAAAAGAGCGUGCACUCUUUUAACCUUUGCAGGUUCUCCUCUCAGGAUGUGGUGGCGGUGCAUAUCCAGAUCCCAGCGGGGAGGAGCGGUGGUGGAAUGGAGUUUGUUGCCUGCUCAGCAUAUUUUCCGGGAGACAAGACAGCAGAGGUGUCCAAAGAAAGUGAGAGAACUAAUCUCCUUCUGCAAGAGGAAAAAUCUACAGCUGGUGAUAGGAUGCGACGCCAACGGCCACAACUAGGCAUGGGGAAGCACGGACACCAACUUCAGAGCUCCAACUAUUUGAGCAACUGGAUGUCCAAAUGGAGGGUAUCAUCUGAGCCAUCGUGCUCGGAUCACAGACAAUUUCAGUUUGAAAUAAUCGUAGGUGAAAGAACUCUUCUGCAAUAUAAGUAUCCAAAAUGCACAGAUUGGGAAGGAUACAACCGUUCACUCGUGGGUCUGCUGGAACCCACAAUUGCAAAAGUGAGAGAUCGCGAUGAGAUCGAGAUUGCGGCGGAACAACUGCGGUGUGUAAUCAUAACGGCUUAUAGUGAAAACUGUCGUCCACUUAAAACAAAGAAGGAUAAUAGGAAGUCCUCUUGGUGGAACAACAAACUGGACAAGAGAAGAAAAGAAGUGCGACAGCUCUUUAAUCGCGCUAAAGUGUCAGGUAACUCGGAAACCUAUCGUAUGACGUUGACGGAGUACAAUAAGGAAAUAAGAAGGGCGAAGAGAGUGUUGGAGAAGGUUCUGCGGGAGUCUGGUCGAUCUACCACAAAGCACUAG